CCUGUCAUGCAGCAUUACUGAUAUACUUUAGGAAGAAUGUAUUUUCAGUAAAAGGUGUAACCGAGGUAUAUAAAAGAAUAUGUUCCUUCGCAUGAGCAGACCAGCUUCCAUCAUGAAGACGCUAGUGUGUGCUCUUAUUGUGGUGCUUCUCUGCAGUGCUUCAGUGCACUCGCUGACAUGCUACACCUGUGUGGAUGGGGACUGCAAGACCCCAACUCAAUGCCCAGCUUCAAGCAACUUCUGCAAAACAAUUUCAACAGCCACUGUGUUCAGCCGGACAUGUGAGGAGUUCUGUGUUCCUGGAGUGAACAUCUACUGCUGCACUUCUGAUCUAUGUGACUGAUCUCUCAACAUCACCCAGUCAUCGGAUCAGUCACUAUAGUUCAUUGUAAUAGCGUAGCACAAAAAAAAAUCCCUGGGUUACUCUAGGUGUUUCAUUUUUCUAAUUCCUUUUUCCCAUUUGAAUCAACAUGGUUUGCUUUACAUAGCCCUGCUUAAAACAAUGUCUAAUAAGCUUGGUUUCUGUCCCAGCUCUGUAUGAUUUGAUUUAUGAAUUAAAUAAACUUUGCUCAGUAAAA